AAAAAAGAAGAUGUCAAAGGUUAUCGCGUCAAUAUUGGGAAACACUUACCUUUUUCCAAAUACGAAGUUCAUCCAGAAUCCGGAGGCAUCCUUUCUCUUUAUUAGUCUAUCAUAAUUUUAAAGAUGAGUGGAGGAGUAUCAUAUUAUGGGAGUAAGAUAAGUCUCGUAUCGAAUGCUGGAAUUCGAUAUGAAGGCCAUUUAUUCUCGGUUGAUACUGCCGAUUCGACGGUGACAUUGUCGAAAGUACGUUCCUUUGGAACAGAGGACAGGCCAUGUGAUCAUCCUGUUGCUCAGCGAGAUGAGAUGUAUGACUACAUUGUGUUUAGGGCUUCUGACAUCAAAGACCUGAUGGUGUGUGAAGCUCCUAAAGCUCCACAGUCAACCUCUAUCGCCCAGGAUCCAGCCAUUCUGCAACACUCUGGAGCAGUGAGCACUACCACCACCCCAAGCUUCCGCCCACCAAACACCUUUGCAACGGCUCCGGCCCCCUUUGCCCCGUUCAAUCAGCUCCCCUACCAGUAUGGUGCUAUCGGAGGUAUGAUGCCCAAUCAGUUUGGAGCAGGCCAGGUUCAACGCCCUCAAAUAGGAGUUAACGGGCAGACCCCUCCACCCAACCGCAAGUCACCCACCAUGGAGCAGGCAGUCCAAGCCUCUGGUCCACAGUCGCCUGACAAGGACAAGCACGAGGGCAGUGGAAAGGGAAGGAAAGACCACGACAAGCAUGAUCAUCGUGAUCAGGAGGCCCAGCCGCAGAGGAUCCGGCGAGGAUCACGCGAAGAGCAGCGCAGGAGUAACACCAGGGACUACCGAGAUGUGAGGGAGGAUGGUCGCAAUAGAGAUAAUCAGGAUCGCUACCGUGACAAUCAGAACAGGGACUAUGAUAGAGACGGGAAUAGGAGAAGGAAUGAUCAACGACCUAGGGAUCAAGGCCGCAGACCAGACAAUCAACAGGGUCAGCAGCAACACCAACAGCAACAGCAACAGCAGCAACCUUACAGGAGGGGUCGAGGGGGGCGUGGUCGUGGUCAACGCCCACAGAUUGCUAAAGAUCCUAUCAAGGUUGGAACGGACUUUGACUUUGACACAGCCAACGCUCAGUAUGAUAAGGAUUCCAUUGAGGAUCAAUUUGAAAGCAAGCUGAAGAUCGACACCACCGAUCCGAAUGAAGAGGCAUUCUAUGAACCAGAGAAAUCUUUCUUCGACAGCAUCUCAUGUGAAUCAACAAACACAGAUGGAAAUCGAACUCGUCCCAGCCGCCGUGAAGAGUACAAGAUGAACACGGAAACGUUUGGAGUGCCGUUCUCCAGAGGCCGUGGUCGUGGCAGAGGUGGAUACUAUCGAGGUGGUUACAACAGGGGUGGCUACAACAACUACCAGGGCGGAUACAACAGGAGUGGCGGUGGCUACAGAGGCCGCAACAACUACCAAAGAGGCGGCAGUGGAGGAGGAGGAGGCGGAUCAGGAGGGGGUACUGCAUGGAAUAACAGGAGGAAUCGCAACCAGGACUGGGGGCGAGGAGAUGCACCCAGCGUAGGGACCGUGGGGAUGAUAACCGUAGGAGAGAGGAAGGAGGCAUCACGAAAGGCACUACAGAAAGCAGUCAGAAGGAAGAUAUCAAAGUUGCAGAAGGAUCGUAGAGAAAAGGCAGACCAAAUGAGCACUUUUCUUUUUGUACAAAGGACAAUUUUGUUCACAUUUUGUGGCAAAAGAGGAAGCGCAGAGCUACGCUGACGAGAGCAUGAUAGAGGAAGCUAUGCAUGGCAGGAGCAGCAGUGCCAAUCAAUUCUUUGGAUCUAUAUAGUGCCUGGCCCAUACAAGGAAAAACAGAUGAUGAUAAAUAUAUUUCUGGAAAUCGUAGUAGAAUUGUUUUAUUGAUCAGUCCAAUUAAGGAGAUAUAUGAAUUCAAAGCCACCACGUAGACGUAUUAUCGGAGGAAUUACUGAGUAGUUUCUCAGAGAAAGUUAUGCUGUAUUCAAGUUGUGAAUUCAGGCCUUAAUUUGGACUUAAGUCACUUUUAUUUAGUUCAUAUACAUUGCUAUCAUUCUCAUUUUUUGGAAGAAUCAAUUCAAAUAAGAAUUUGGGAUAAAAAGAAUGCGUCAAACCUCAUUCAUUUCGUUUAUUUUAGAGAGCAAGCACUUGAUUAUGAACAUUGAAGGGGUGACAGUAAUAGUGAAUGUUUAACAGCACUGCAUACGAUGUUUUAAUCACACUUUCUCUGAAAACUUUUAUUUAAUGCACAUUUAAAGUACACCUGCCAGCAAAUUAGUCAUGAUACUACAAAUGUAGAUCACAGCAUAUUCUUUACUUUUAUUCUCCUCUAGAUUCAAAUUCACUUCAAAGUUUUGAUUUUCUGCUACUUAGAAAUAAAUACAUGUAGACAAUUACAAUUUUCUCAAAGCAAAUUUUUGGUUUAGAUGAUGGUGUUAUUGACCAAGAUUUGAAGAAGAAGAAAAAAAAUACUUUUAAAAAUUUGAUUAUUCAAAGCAUUUAAAAGGACAACUGAUACGUUCUUCUAUAUGUUAUGUACACUUAGCCGGAAAAGAAUAUAACCA